AGCAAAUACCGACCGAGGAGCAGAGACGAGAAGGAAUAUACCUCUUUUUUUUACACCUUUUGCCUCAGACCACUUUGGAUCAUUUGUUGAAAACCAUCAAAGGGGGGGUUGAAAGACCAGCAAUCAUCUGCAUAAUCUGUUUUACAUUUCCUCCCCUCCUUUUUAAAAAAAAAAAAAAAGCCUUUUUCCCUGGGAGAGACGGACUUCUCUAAGUGGCAUCACUAUGUUGAACAAUAUGGAUUUGAAUGCGAAAGAUUCCUUUUAUCCUCAGUUUGAGAAUUGCAACAGUUCUUCGCUAGGAAUGGAAAACAGCGUGCGCAAAGAUAACCAGGAGGUGUACGUCGAUGCAGAGCGGGGGGUACCUGCCCAGUUUGGCCACGAAGGAACACCUGCGACCCUCAAAACCGAAGCUUCCAACUCGGAAUUUGCUUUUAACCCCUGCGAGUGCCCAAAAGACACCUACACCCCUUCCUCGCUCGCCUACUCCGGCAGUUUCUAUGUUGAGGCAUCUCAGGGAGCGCCGUGCAGCACCGAAACACUCCUCAACAUGAUCACCGAGAUCGUGGGUAUAUCCACGCUGCCAAUUUCAGAAGUGCAACAGAGCGGCAGCAGUCGGGGAACUUAUCCGUCGCCUGCGCCGAUGGACAGCAGCAAUGGCAAUUUUGGAGACCCCGGCGUGAAGAGGCAAACCUACAGCGGCUCCGGACCCUCUCCUCCUGUGUACUCUCCGGACCAGACGUGCCACAGGUAUGCCGAUGACCAGGCCGGCAGCCAGGCCCAAGACCCGUCCACUUCCCAGCUCACCUUCGGCUCCCCAAGAGCUCCACACCAGAAGAAUGCUGAACCAAAGUCCGAGGCCGCGUCUUUCCCCGUCGUGGUCAAGAAUGAGUUUGAGAGCAGCUGCUACGAGUGGGGGGCAUUUAACAAGACCGACUGUUUGGAGACGAGUUUCCAGACAGAAACCUUCCCCAUGUCAAGCGACUUCCCCCCCGAUCAGCAGAUGGAUGUUAAGGAACUUUUGGACACGUUCCCCCCGAUUUGUCCCAACCCAGAGAUGGAGUUUAAAGUGGAGGGGGGCAUCAAGCAGGAGCCGUGUUUCUCUGACACCUGUUCUCAGAGCUACUCCAGCCCCCUGUACAAUAAUUACCUCCCUCCCCCACCACCGAUGGGCCUCUCCUCCAACCUGAAACCCUUCCCCGAGCCCCCACAGCCAUCUAAUCAGUGUGAUUCCUUAUACACAUCGCCAGCUUUACCAAGCACCAUAGACUCCAUCCUGUAUUCUUCCUUGUUGCCAGAUUCUUUCGCCCAAAGUUACACGACCCGUGUGACCAAGUCCCCCAGGGCCAGAAAGAGCCCCGCCGCCUCCCACGGCCCAGCCAAAGAGAAACCCUUCACCUGCCCCAUGGAGAGCUGCGACCGGCGCUUCUCUCGCUCGGACGAGCUCAACCGGCACAUCCGCAUCCACACGGGCCACAAACCCUUCCAGUGCCGCAUCUGUUUGCGCAGCUUCAGCCGUAGCGACCACCUCACCACCCACACCAGGACUCACACCGGGGAGAAGCCGUUCUCCUGCGACGUGUGCGGCAAACGGUUCGCCCGCAGCGACGAGAGGAAGCGGCACGGGCGCGUACACCUGAAACAGAAGGAGAAAAUGGAACUAAAGCCUCAGGUGACCGCCGCCGCGUGGCCGUUCACUCUCCCCGAGGGGAUUUGAAGACAAGGCCACGUUCCCCUCACUCGCACAUACAACAUUAGGAUCUUUCCGUCUUGGAAGAUGAGCCAGCUGACCGCAACUUGACGUCUGAGUUGGUCUGACACGGCGAGUCCUGAGGUUUUGCGCAUAUUCGCUGUUUUUGAGGAGCAGAGAGGGAGUGAAGAAGUUGUGCUUCGCCUUUUUUUGCCUGCUGCGGACGUGGCUGACUCCAGGCAAAGGUGCAUUAUAAAAGUAAACAGCUCAUCAGUGACUGGCUGCUGUUUCUGUCAGAGUCGAACCUCUCUGCUUCGGCAUUGCAUGACUGCUGUUCAGCACCUCUUCAUGUGGACAGCUCCAUCCUCCAUCCGCCUCUGGGCCUGGAUGGUUUGCACUUACAGAUUAUUAACUAUCGCCAUUUAAGAUUCUUAUUUUUGCUUUUAGCAUUCUUAGAGCAAUGGUUUUGGACGAUGUUCCUUAAGAUGCAUGUUUAUGUCAGUGUUUCCUUUUCCUUUAACAACCACUGUCAAGCUACUCUUUCACUGCACAGUGAGGGCGACUGACAUGAAUGUAGGCGAACACAUUUAUGGCUUCGACCAUAAAGCUGUCCAUCUUUGAUCAAAUUUACAGUUUUUUUAAAACUUCUUUAUCAUUUAGAUGUCGGUGUUUUUUGUCAUUGGUCUUUGUGUUGUGUUACAAUUGUUUGGAUUAUUACAGUUGUGAAAGAUAUAUCAUAAAUGGGAAAUAAAUAUA